UUCCUCAGCCACACAACCACAAAAAGGCACUAAAUCGAAUACCAACCUCUUAUCAGACACGUGGCUGGCAAUAAUUGGCUCUCACUUCCAAUCCCCUGCCAUGUCAGCACCAUUCCCCACUCAAGACCCACCCCCCCAAAAAAAUUUCCACCGUUGAAGCAAUAAAAAAUUCAUCAAAAAAAGAAAAAAGGAAAACUAAUACAGUAUAUCCCAACACAGCAUAUGAACCAGAAAUAUCAGCUUUAUUACAUCCUCAACAUCUCAUGGUUUUCAUGUCUUGAAAAACCUCAAAGGGAAACAGUGGCAAAUGGAGGCCCUCAAUGCAGCAGGCUUGUCUCCACUCUCUGUUCUUGCAAAAAGAUCAAAGCCCAGAAAGCAUUUGUCAGCAGCCACCAUUCCUCAGUUGAAGAACCAAGCACUCUCCAAUCCCACUGAGAAGAAUGCUGCCUUCUCUGUUUCAAGAAAUCUGCAGUGUGGUUUGGUGGUCUUAUCCUCAGUUAUGAACUCCGGAUUCGCCAAGGCGCUGACGUACGAGGAAGCCCUGCAGCAGUCAGUGGCCUCAGGAUCAGACACUGCAGCUGGAGUUCUUGACACUGUCAUCAGUUUUGCAGCCGAGAAUCCGUUGAUCGUUGGCGGCGGAUUGGUGGUGCUGGCCGUGCCGCUGGUGGUCUCUCAGCUGCUCAGCAAGCCCAAGCCAUGGGGAGUGGAGACUGCCAAGAAUGCUUAUGCAAAACUGGGUGGUGGUGGUGGUGGUGGUGGUGGUGAUGAUGCCAAUGCUCAGCUGCUGGAUAUACGAGCCCCGUUGGACGUCAAGGAAGGCGGCAGCCCGGAUAUUCGAGCCCUGAAGAAGAAGCCGGUGGCGGUCCCAUACAGAGGUGCAGACAAGCCCGGAUUCUUGAGCAAGUUGUCUUUGAAGUUUAAGCAACCAGAAAACACCACUUUGUUCAUUCUGGACAAAUUUGAUGGAAACUCUGAACUUGUGGCUGAGCUGGUAACAGUCAAUGGCUUCAAAGCUGCUUAUGCCAUCAAAGAUGGUGCUGAAGGACCGCGAGGAUGGAAGAACAGUGGCCUUCCUUGGAUAGCUCCGAAGAAGACAGUGGGCAUCGACCUGAGUGGUCUCACGGAUUCGUUUGGGGACGUUUCUGAAGCCGUGCCUCUAGCCCUUGGCGUUGCAGCUGCUGCUGGUCUUGGACUAUUAACCUUCACAGAGGUAGAUACAAUCCUCCAGGUCUUGGGAUCAGCUGCUCUUGUUCAGCUUGUGAGCACGAAACUCCUGUUUGCAGAGGAUAGGAAGCAAACUGUUCGACAGAUUGAAGAGAUCUUGAACACGAAAGUCGCUGCAAAUGAGCUUGCUGGUGAUAUACAGAAAAUCGGAAAGGCUCUUCUGCCACCGGUCAUCUACAACAGCAAAGCCCUGCCUGCACCAGCAGAGGCACCAGCAGAGGCGGCCGCCCCUCCCCUAGCAGCCGAGGCAGCUCCAGAGAUCAACUCUGUGUCUAAAGCAGAAGUUGAAGAAGAAUCUCUUCCUGCUGCACCUCCGAGGCCUCUUUCACCAUAUCCUAACUACCCCGAUUUUAAGCCCCCGGCAUCACCAAUACCAUCGCGGCCAUGAAGGCUGCAUCGCGCAAGAAAUCAAGCGUUGGGGAGUCCUAUAAUCCUCUCUUGCAAGAGUGUUUUUGAGCCUGCAUAAGUAUAUGUGGAAGAGGCAUAUUGUGUUGUGUUGUUCAGUAGAUUUUGUGCUGUAGUUUUCAUUCUCAUUCUUUUUAUUUGUAGUAACUCUUUUGAGAUUUCUAAGUAGUUAUGUUUCAAUGUAAUUUGUACAUGAUAUAUUAGAGCUUCUCAAUGUGAGCUUUAACAAAGAAGUUAUUAUGAUAAAAUAUUACAUUGUUUUAGUAA